AUGGCCUAUCUUCAUCCUCCGCCAGCACAUAUCUUUAAACUAUGGCACAUCUUCCUUGACAACGUGCACCCACUGACAAAAAUUGUUCAUGCUCCGACUCUUCAACCUCAGAUUCUUGAAGCCAGUCUCGACAUGACCCAAGCUCCUAGGGCUCUAGAGGCUUUGAUGUUUGCAAUCUAUUUCUGUGCUGUGACUUCUCUCGACGAGACCCAAUGCCAACGCGGAUUCAAUGAAACAAGAAGCGAACUACGCUCACGUUUUCACGGCGCCACCAUGGGCGCUCUAAUGAAGGCUAACCUUUUCAGCACCUCGGACAUUGUUCUUUUGCAAGCUUCAAUCCUAUUCAUAAUGGGUGUUAGUGGCUCCUGUGAUCCUGGGGAGCUUUGGGUUAUGCUUGGAACAGUCAUACGCAUUGCCCAACGGUUACGCCUCCCAGAAAAAGCAGUCUCUUCAAGGAUUCCCGUGCUAGAUGCCGAAAUAAGUCGACGGAUUUGCUGGCAACUUAGUCUCCUCGAUGCGCGUGGCGCAGAAAUAUAUGGCGUGCGGAAUACUGGGAUCAUCAAAUAUGGCUUGACCCCGCUUCCUCUGAAUGUCAAUGAUAGUGACAUUUGCAAGAACACUUUAACCCAGCCCCGUGGCCAGAGCGGAGCAACUGAGAUGAUGUUUUUGCUUUUGAAAUACGAGGGUGCCAAUUUCGUAUGUCAAUCGGACGCUAUGUCACGCUACGGGGGUAGUUGGGUCACUCUGUCUAGUCAUGCGGUUCCCAUUCAAGAAAAGAACAAUGUUAUCAGCGAGCUUGAGUGCCUUCUGGAAGAGAAAUACUUGAGGUUUUGUGACCCCACAAUCCCACUGCAUCAGCUGGCUAUCCUCAGAACACGCCUAGUACUAAAUCGCAUGAGGCUGACCACUCGCCAUCCCCGUCGCCGUCUCACUGGCGAGUCUCAAUUAUCACCAGAAGAGAAUAUUGAAUUUGUUAAACUCUGUUUGGAGAUUCUCGCAGACGAUAACCUGCUCCACACAACACCGGAGAUUAAAAAGUACCUAUGGCAUAUCAGCUGUCAUUCUCACAUCGACGCCAUUGUCUACCUUCUAGGCGAGCUUCGUGAACAUCGCAUUCCCGAAUGGGAAGAAACUACUUGGCUGAGGAUAACAGCCGUUUUUGACCACCAUCCUGAAAUGAUUUCGUCUCCCGAUGAUCAUUUGACCAAGGCUUUGUCACAGCUUGUGCUGCAAAGUUGGGGCAGCAGGGAGCAAAGAGCGGGCUUAUUGACCAACCUCCCUUCGUGUAUAGCAAGACUACGCCAGCACUUUGUUACUGAUUCACAUCGCUCCUCUGCAGAAAGCUAUAAUAUUGAUACGAGCCUUCCUUUUCCUGGGGAAGAAGGGACUGCUCACCUACAUGUUUCGGAUUCAGUUGAGAAUCUAUUGGACACUUUAUCUAUGCCCGAUUUCUCUUCGACUGAUGGGUUCGCUGCAGUUGACUGGGACUAUUGGAACUCGUUGCUCGGAGAGGCUUCAAAUGGGAUAUAA